AUGGCACUAAUUUUGUUGGCGCAUGUUGAUAAGCAAAUGCUAGAAAUGUUUAACAGUGCCAAAUCUUCUCUUCCUGGAGAAAUAGCAGAGCUACUUUCUCUAGAAAGAACCAACUGGCAUUAUAUUCCUCCCCACUCGCCUAACUUUGGCGGGCUAUGGGAAUCCUCGGUGCGUGGCACCAAAACCCAUUUGAAAAAAGUAGUAGGGAAUAGUACGCUUACUUACGAAGAAAUGUCGACUGUCCUGGCGCAGGUGGAGGCGUGUUUAAACUCGAGACCGAUUUCGUUGUUAAGCGAUGACCCAAAUGAUCCUUUACCCUUGACACCAGGCCACUUCUUGGUAGGCGAACCUCUGCUAAAUAUUGCAGAUGAGGAUUACACUAAUUCUAAUGUUGUUGGUUUGGAUAGAUGGCGCUUAACGCAAAAAAUUGUAACAGAUUUCUGGAAUAGAUGGUAUAAGGAAUAUCUAGUUAACUUAAAUCAGUGGUAUCAGUAG